AUGGGGAGAGGCUUCGAUUGCACGGCGGUCGUGCAUUCGGCUGUUCCCGUGCACCCUCGUGCGUUUCCGCCGUUCCCGAACGCAUCCCGGCUUGCCAUCCGGUUACCAGGUCAUUGGGGCACCGCACACGCGCCUGGCUUGUGUCCCAUCGGAAUAGCGAGACGUGGAGAUGUGCACCUUAUUACGCGCGCUCUCGAGAGCUUCCUGUUCCGGAUAGCAGGGCGGUCGCCUCUUGGACGGCGCCCAGCCAGAUGCACUGCGAUCGAAACGUUGCGUCACGAUCCGUUAUCGAACCGCUCGGUCACAACAAUAUCAGCUCUUCGGGCACAGACGGCGUCAGAAAUAGAAGAAGAUCGAAGUGUGUCGCCGAGCGGCGCUCCCACCAUCCUAGUGUGUUCGGAUGAAUCA